AUGUCCACAGGAUUUCGCCAUGCACCUACGUCAAGAUUCCUCGUGUCUGUUGUAGGAGGAUAUUCUGUCCUAACAAAGGUGUUGGAGGCACGGCUUGACACACGUCUUGAACUCCCUCUGACUCAUCACGAACUUUGGCGUUUGUUCUCUACUCACUGGGCAUUUGGAAGUAUUGGUACAACUGUGAUUGGAACAUGGCUUAUAUAUCAUAUGAGGGUGAUUGAACGUCGUUAUGGAACAGCCAAAUAUACGGCAACGAUAUCAAUAAUUACCUGUACUCUAUUGCAAACAGGUGCAUUACUACUGAUUGGUAAUAGUAUUGGUCUAAAGAGUAUUGCUAGUGGACCAUAUGGAGUUCUGUUUGCCAUACUUUACCAGUUCCAUAAUCAAAUACCUGUUUGUACUCGCUCAGAAAGAUUUGGUAGCCUGUUGAAUGAUAAAACUUAUGUAUACACGGCAGCAAUUUCGCUCUUUUUCUCUAAUGGGUUAGCAUCUGCAAUUCCCUGUCUCUGUGGAUUGUUGGUCGGGGCUGUUUAUGAUGCCAAUUUGGGAGCCAUAAAAGAGUACCGAUUCCCUCGAUGGAUGUCUUCAUUUGCUAGCCGAUUUGUUCUUCCAAUACUGAAUACUUCACCCGUCGCUGGCUCGUCGGGUUCUCGAACUCGUCCAGCAUCUUCUCCUGCAGUAUCCCAACGACGUGGAAGGGAAACAAACAGAGAUCUAAGACAGAGAAGACCACACCAACAACAGGAGCAACAGGAACAAGCAGCAGUGGUUGUCCCGGAAGAGGAUAUCAAUGCAAUGAUGUCCAUGUUCCCAGAGAUUGGACGUCAGAAUGUUAUAAGUGCACUAGUACAGUCUCAUAAUGAUCUUAACAGAGCAGCUGAAAUCAUUUUAAGCACCUGA